AUGUCGACAUCAACAUCGACAUCACCGUCAACACAACGACCACCGCCAGAGAACCACAAUGGCUCCGGGUCCCCCUCCGGUCUAGGUCCAGGUCCAAGUCCAAUUCCAGGCCAGGGCCAGCAGCAACAGCAACAGCAGCAACACAAGCGAGUUUACCAAGCCUGCAUCCCUUGCAGAAGAAGAAAGGUAAAAUGCGACUUAGGAUCUGUCGAUAACCCAAACGAACCACCAUGUGUGAGGUGCCGACGAGAAAGCAAAGAAUGCUAUUUCUCUGCUACAAGACGAAAGAGGAAGAAUGAAGAAGGCGGACCCGAUAGCCUGGAUGGCUACGAACAGGACGACUACCUCGUUCGCAACGGCAGGAAGAUGCCACAAAGCUCCCCUCACGCCAGCAUCAGACAGUCGUCAAUAGGUGCUUCAGAAUCCGCCAGAUCAGCAAACCAGUAUGUGGAUAAUGCGCCCGCGGCUCCUGGACCGCCGUUGACGCCUGGUGGAUCCAUCGGCAGAACGCAGCCUUUGCGCCGGCCGACAGAACAGCGGAAAGGCGAUUUUCCAAAAGACGAGCGACAAUCCGAUGGGUCAAAUACACAAUUGGAGAACUUGGAGGCACAGGAGGUUAUGCGACGAGAGGUCUAUGGACCCCACGAUGCUCUGGAUCUAUUGUAUAAGGCUGCGACAAAUAGUCCAGGUCACAAGAGAAACAACAGCCAGGUAUCUUCUAUGCCCAGUAGUACUACGCCUGGCCACCAGGCAUUGGCUUCUCCUCUACACAACCUCAACCAACCCAUUCAGGUCAGCAGCGGUAUGAGGCCUCCAAAGCGACGGAGAGAUACCACCAUUGAUCCCUCUUUAUCUUCCGUAGCACCAAAUGGGCGACCAGAGAGAAUACAGGAACAAGGCUAUAAGGAUGCAGUAAAGGCCUGGUCCCGAUUCAGAUUUGUGCGAGCUGGAUGGUUUACUCCUAGCGAAGCAAUCGACUAUAUUGAUUACUAUUAUGAAUACCUCAGUCCACUAACACCAAUCUCCCCACCAACGUUCAGAGAUACAGGAACCCACCAUACGUUGCUCAUCGAAGAGCCUAUUCUGACUGUCACUCUUCUGACAAUCGCUACUCGCUACCGACAGAUCCCAGGUCCCGGAGGCCAUUGUAGAUCGCAUGCUAUCCAUGAACAACUCUGGACUUAUCUUCGGGGAAUGAUCGAACGCUGCCUGUGGGGCCAGGAAGCAUUUGGAGGUGGUUUCUGCGGCUCUGGAGGAGAAUCCGAGGCUCAGACGUCGAGCACAGCACCUUGGCGUGGCUUGCGGAAAGGCAGUCUGAGAACGCUAGGCACGAUUGAAAGUCUCAUGAUCCUGACAGAAUGGCAUCCUCGAGCGCUUCACUUCCCUCCUGCAGAGGCAACAGACGAGCUGAUGCUUCCUUCCUACGAUACUCCGGAUACUUAUAGCACAGACGAUGAUGGCAUGCCUCGUCUCCCCAGAGGUGUCGGUGGCAAGAGAAUUGAAAGUUGGCUAGAGCCGGCUUGGAGAAGUGACCGCAUGUGUUGGAUGCUGCUGAGCACAGCAAUGGGUCUAUCUUACGAGCUUGGUGUUUUUGAUGAGAUUGAAGAGCUUUUAGCUCAGGGGGGAGAGAUGACUCGGCCUGAGUACGAAGACGAGGCAUAUCGUCUGCGGGCUGCUAGAAUCAAGCGGCUUUUGCUGAUAUACGUCACACAACUGGCCGGUCGUCUUGGAUGGACAAAUAUGGUUCCCGAGAACCUGCGCGUUGGCGAUCCCGCCUUCGCUCCCCGCAAGAGAAAAGCUUCGUUAGACGGUAAGACUCCUGAGACAAAUACAACUGUGAGCACCGGCUUCAACUACAUCCCGAAUCUGGAGCUAGAUGAUCAGAUCAUCCACUGUUGGGCUGGUAUCAGUAACGCUAUGCGAAUCGGUAAUGACAAGCUCUUCAAGUCGAGGCAGCAUACUACGAGAAUUAUCAACGAUUCGACUUACAUCGAGCUACUGAAAGACUUCCAGCCUAUGCUGAGGGCAUGGAUGACUGAGUUUCAGAGAUUCAAGCUACCUCAGUACAUUGGAUGCAUCCUGCAAAUCGAAUACCAAUACGUUCGAAUUUACGUGAAUUCUCUAUCUCUUCAAGCUGUUGUUGAGAGAUGCAGUACUGAGGCUGGCAAUCGGAUUCUCACAACUGGACAUCAAGACAACAGAACGGCAACGGGACUCGAUAGCGCUACAUUGACAGAGAAUCAGCAGACAUACUACGGAAAGCUGCCGCUCUCGACUUUCGGUAGCUACACCUCAGCUGACCAAGACUAUGUUAAGGAGGUUGUCGAUGGAAGUCGUGAACUCCUGACGAUCGUAGUCGAUGGACUCCUACCUGGAGGCUAUCUCAAGCACGCCCCAGUACGCACCUACUUCCGAAUUAUCAGCGGUGCCAUGUUCUUGCUAAAGACAUUCGCCCUCGGUGCAACGAAGAGCGACGUAGAGAAGAGUAUCAGACUCAUGGACAGAGCGGUUGAUGCGCUACGAAACUGCGUGGUCGAUGAUGUUCACUUGGGAAUUCGUUUUGCAGAUCUCCUCGAAACUCUGACCUCUCGUCUGCGAAGCCGAUUCAUCAGUGCUCCCGGCCACUACACAUCUGGCGAGAACAUCAGCAGACAUCGCAGUCCAGUCAUGCAUCAUGAGGCAGACUCCAAGAGACAGAAGAUGGAUCAAAGUGACACGAUCCGAGAGUGGAGUGCUUCAACUCCAAAUUACGCCGUGAAUAACGGCGCUGAUCUGAACGUGUCAGCCACCCCCUUUGACCUCAACCAAGGCUCAUUUGUGGCCGCCCCUGGCGAUUCAUACAAUCAAGGCCCUGAGCCCGCCUACGGCAACGGCAUUGAUAUGCAAGAUGCCUUUGGCGACUGGAACGCGAACAAUGGCAAAGAUUUUUGGUAUCUACCGCCUGGUACAGCCUUCUAUCAGCAUCUCAACGACCAAGGUGUUACGCAGACUGCGGAGGGUGUUAACGUUGGAGGCAUGGAUUUGCUGGAUUUCAUGGCUUUGGACCCGCCCCCGCCUUUUGAUAACGAUGCGUUCCAAGGAGGCGUGUAA